AUGUCGUUCUCUUCUGUGCCGAAACCCCAUUCAAAGCCUCGUAACUCAAUUGAUUCAGCUCCUCGAGUCUCUGACUGGCCCUCGCCAUCUGCUCUUCAGGGCCAGGUCAAAGAUUUUGUCUCCCCAAACAAGUUACACCCUUCCCCAAGCCAUAUGGAGAGCGGUCUCGCCCCAGAAACCAGCCUCGGUAAGCGCUGCUCUCCCAGCAAAGCAAGUUCUCUGGCCGAGUCCUAUCCCAGGAGUGCAGUGGAUGCUGGGACCCACGGCUGCCUGACCGAGACAGAUUCCAGCGACCCUGAGAGCAGCUACAGGGAUGAGGAGGCCUCGGACAAAGCAGGCGGGAGCGACCUGGAAGGGCCUCCGGGCAAGCGCAUAAAGCUGGAGUUCCAAGGAAACAGCCCGCCCCGGGAAGCCAAGGAGGCCUCCCUCGGCAGCUCUGAGGAGUCCAACAGUGGCAGCGAGGCUGAACUGAGUUUUCUUCCUCGACCGAGGGGGCCGCUGGUGAGGAAAGUGAACGGCUGCAAGACUGCGGGGAGAAGCAGCACAGGGGGAGCCGUCCGCCCGUCCACCUCCGAGUUCACCUCAGUCAUCCAGACCCAGAAGAGCUCUACUCCCAAACCCCACACAGCACUUGGUAUUAAGUCCGAGCGGGCCCCUGGCGCCAAAGGGCCCAUCUGGACCUGCCCCACCACCCACAAGGGCGGCCCUUACGCUGCGAACAGUCUAGAGAAGCCUGUUUUGAGGCCAGCCUCUUCCCACUUGUACGUCUCCAUCCCGGAUUCGGUCCUCACUCCGCCCGAGAUGGACGGCAGUGCAGGGAAAGGCCCUUUCAGCACUUCGCCCCGAGCCUUCCCUGCAGCGCCCUCCUCGGCGGACACGCUCUCACCCCCGCUCUCCGGAUCCCCCUGCGAGGAGAGGGCUGCGUCGACACCGUUCACCCCGCUGGUCUAUCCGGCCGAGAGGGAGGUGCUGCAGAGGUUCCACGCAGGCAACGUGGUGCUGCCGCUGGUGCACCAGCUCAACAGCCCGUGCACCAGCACGGCCGGCUCCCAGGGCCUCUACGCCACCAGCACGAUCCGGUACGCCCCGGCCGAGGUGACUCUAGCCAUGCAGAGUAAUAUGUUGCCCCCUUCCCACCCCAUCAACCUCAUGGACAUCAGCAGCGCAGAGGCCAAGACUUCCCGGGAACUCAUGUAUCACCACCUGCAACGGCUGAACAUGGUUGCGCCGUUUGGCAACGCGGCCGGGUUGGCUCAGCUUUCAGGGGGAGCGUUUGCGGCGACGGACUCCUUGUUCUCCACCCUGCCCUUUUCUGUGGCCAGCGGCGGGGUUCACGGCACGCCCGCUUUGGAACGCAAGGAUGACUGAGGCUGGGGAAUGGGGGUUGGGCUGGGCGGUGUCUCCUUUUGCCCCCGAAACUAGGGCCAGAUGUUGCCCUGGGCAAAGCCCAGGCUUGGAUCCGGCAGCUCAGUCUUGUGCUGGGGGAAGGAAGCCCUCUGUCCUGGGCCCAGCCUCCUUGUGCUCCGUCUUCUCAUAGUGCUCCUUUCUCAAGUCUCCGUGCAAAUCAGUAGAAAGAUCGUCUUCUCGCUCUGUGUUCUGCUUCUCGCUUUUCAGGUCCCCGGAUGCCGCUGCUGAAACUGACACCGUUGUAGGGUAAGGCUAGGAAUUAGCCCGGUGUAAAUGGAGAGGGGUGUCAAUGCAAACUUUCUCAGAAAGUUGCAAGCCGGAGGAAAGAGAUCUUCUGUAUCCUUCCUUUG